UGCGCAUUGAAAUUGCACAAUAUUAAAGGAUUUCUGAAAGAACAGCUGCAAUGUGCCUCUUCUGCAACUCUUAAGAUUAGAUUUGUGCUGGGAUCAAUUGUUCACCACUUUAAGUUUCAUUAAAAAAAACUCUCAAUUAUCAGAGCAGUGGAGAUGUGUUCUCUUCUUCGGCCUCCAGUGUUGAGUCGUUUCACAUCUGUGCGGCUCAAGAGUGUGGCUUCCCCGCAGUCCCUGACGGCAAAACAUCAUCUAGACCUCUGUAAGCCCUCAUCACCUGGCUUUCUGACCUUUGAGGAUCCUCAAGCAUUCAAGGCCAAGAGUUUCUGGGAGCUGAUCCGAGCCCUCGGAGUCUUCCGGCUUUGCUCGUUCCCUGUGCUGGUUAACAACUGUGGGAAGCUAAUGACCUUUACGAGGACGGUUUUGGGUACGCGAGGUUUCUCCAUGGUCAUACGCCCAUCUGUGUACGCUCAGUUUGUUGCCGGAGAAACAGAAGGUGAGAUCGCGGACUCCAUGCAAAAGAUGAGCUCGCUGGGGCUCCACCCCAUGUUAGCCGUCCCCAUUGAAGAGGACCUAGGAGAGAGCACUGGGGAACACCGAUAUGAAGACAACCUGGCAGCCAUGCUGGAUUGUGUCCUGAUGUCUCACGUUAAUGUCUGGAGCAAGAAUCCCAUGAUGCAGCUGAAGAUCACAGCACUAGUCAGCCCUGAGCUGUGUGUUAAGCUGACUUCUCUGCUGAAGACAGAACAGUAUGAUCUGAACUUGCUUGUGAGAGCCAUGGAGGGAGAGGAAGUCGUGUUUCCUGGUCUGACUGAGAGUGAAAACACACACUUACUAUUCAGCCUUCAGAGACUCAACAAAAUAGGAGAGGCAAGUGUUAAUAAAGUCCGUGUCCUGGUGGAUGCUGAGUACACUUACAUGAAUCCUGCCCUGUCACUCAUCACCAUGGCUAUGAUGAAGAAGUUCAAUCAACAAAGCGCCUGGAUCUGGAACACAUAUCAGUGCUACCUUAAGGAAUCAAAGAAUCUAUUACUUGAUGCCAUUCAGACAUCCAUCGAUCAGAGUUUCUGUAUCGGGGUUAAACUCGUAAGAGGUGCUUACAUGGACAAAGAGAGAAAACUUGCCCAAAAAGAAGGGCGAACAGAUCCAAUUCAUGAAUCAUGGGAGCACACUAACGACAGUUAUAAUGGAUGUCUGGAGAUCAUGCUGAACCUCAUUUCAGAGAAACCUGAACGCUAUAUGAUUAUCGUGGCCACUCACAAUGAAGAAUCAGUCAGACGGGCAGUGACACGGAUGGAAGAGUUGGGGCUUCGCAGAGAUGGAAACUCUGUCUGUUUUGGUCAGCUGCUGGGCAUGUGUGACCAUGUCUCUCUUACUCUAGCCCAGCAUGGUUUCUCAGUGUACAAGUCAGUGCCGUACGGCUCAGUGGACGACACACUGCCAUAUCUGGUGCGAAGGGCUCAGGAGAACCGCACUGUGCUCCAGGGAAUCCGUAAAGAAAGAGAUCUACUCAGACAGGAGCUCCGCCGCAGACUCAAAGAAAAGAUCACAGGGGCCAGAUAGAAAAACGUCAGAAGAGAGAGAGAAAAAUCAGGGUAAAGGGCAAGUGGCAAAAGACUUUUAAUACAUCCUAACUCGACUGAUUGCCAUGCAUUUGACACGUUAGCCUUUGAAAAUCCUUCUAGGAUAUAAAAUAGUGCCUUCUAGUGGACAUUUAUGAUGAUUUAGAAUUGAAGUGAGCAUGAAAAACAAAAUUGUCCCUUUCUUAAUGCAUGUUUCUGUUCUUACUAUAUAUAAUUGCAUUAGAAUCAAAAUGCACAAUUUCUCAGUCCAAAAUAUUCC